GCGGCCGCCGCCGCCGCCGCCGUAGCCGCCGCGGAAGGAGGGUUGGAGGAGGAGUUGGGAGUUUAGCGCAGUCGCCGGAGUGCGAGGACAUCCGGCCCGAGCCCAGCCCGGCGGGAGCUGGGAGCUUCCUUUUCUCAGCGCGGCCCGAAGGCGGCCCGCUGUCGGCUGCUCCUGCCCGUGGCCUCCUCCGCCCCGCGCCGGCGGAGCUGCGAGAUGUUGCGCCUCUGACUCCCUGCUCCCGCCCUGUCACCGAGAGGGGAACGAGCGCUCGCCCACUCGCCGCAGGACACGGCCCUGGACUCCACACCCCGCCGGCGAAACCAUGAGCUCCGGCCAGCAGCAGCCGCCGCCGCAGCGGAGGGUCACCAACGUGGGGUCCAUGCUGCUCACCCCGCAGGAGAACGAGUCCCUCUUCACCUUCCUGGGCAAGAAAUGUGUGACUAUGUCUUCAGCAGUGGUGCAGUUAUAUGCAGCAGAUCGGAACUGUAUGUGGUCAAAGAAGUGCAGUGGUGUUGCUUGUCUUGUUAAGGACAAUCCACAGAGAUCUUAUUUUUUAAGAAUAUUUGAUAUCAAGGAUGGGAAACUAUUAUGGGAACAAGAGCUAUACAAUAACUUUGUAUAUAAUAGUCCUAGAGGAUAUUUUCAUACCUUUGCUGGAGAUACUUGUCAGGUUGCUCUUAAUUUUGCCAAUGAAGAAGAAGCAAAAAAAUUCCGAAAAGCAGUCACAGACCUGUUGGGCCGGCGACAGAGGAAAUCUGAGAAAAGACGAGACCCCUCCAAUGGCCCUAGUCUACCGAUGGCAACAGUUGAUAUAAAAAAUCCAGAAAUCACAACAAAUAGAUUUUAUAGUCCACAAGUCAAUAACAUCUCUCAUACCAAAGAAAAGAAAAAAGGAAAAACUAAAAAGAAGAGAUUAACCAAGGCAGAUAUUGGAACACCAAGCAAUUUCCAGCACAUUGGACAUGUUGGUUGGGAUCCAAAUACUGGCUUUGAUCUGAAUAAUUUGGAUCCAGAAUUGAAGAAUCUUUUUGAUAUGUGUGGAAUCUCAGAGGCACAACUUAAAGACAGAGAGACAUCAAAAGUUAUAUAUGACUUUAUUGAAAAAACAGGAGGUGUUGAAGCUGUUAAAAAUGAACUACGAAGGCAAGCACCACCUCCACCACCACCAUCAAGGGGAGGGCCACCUCCCCCUCCUCCCCCUCCACAUAGCUCAGGCCCCCCUCCUCCACCUGCCCGGGGAAGAGGCGCUCCUCCUCCACCACCUUCGAGAGCUCCCACAGCCGCACCUCCACCUCCGCCUCCGUCCAGGCCCGGUGUGGGAGUCCCUCCACCGCCGCCAAAUCGGAUGUACCCUCCUCCACCUCCAGCCCUCCCCUCCUCAGCACCGGCAGGGCCGCCACCUCCACCUCCACCCCUGUCAGCGGUACCACCCCCACCGCCUCCGCCUCCACCCCCGCCGGGGCCACCCCCUCCUCCUGGCCUCCCCACUGAUGGUGACCAUCAAGUUCCAGCUCCUGCAGGAAACAAAGCAGCUCUUUUAGAUCAAAUUAGAGAGGGUGCUCAGCUAAAAAAAGUGGAACAGAACAGUCGACCAGUGUCCUGCUCUGGAAGGGAUGCACUUUUAGACCAGAUACGACAGGGUAUUCAGCUGAAAUCUGUCUCUGAUGGCCAAGAAUCUACACCACCAACACCUGCACCCACUUCAGGAAUUGUGGGUGCAUUAAUGGAAGUGAUGCAAAAAAGGAGCAAAGCCAUUCAUUCUUCAGAUGAAGAUGAGGAUGAAGAUGACGAAGAAGAUUUUGAGGAUGAUGAUGAAUGGGAAGACUGAUCUAUAUAUUAUAUAUAUAUAUUUUUAAGGUGAAAUACUAAACACUACUUUCUGUCUAUGGAUUCUGUAAAAUUAUCAUGUAAAUGUUCUACCAAUUUGCUGUAUAUUUUUGUUGCCUUUUUUGCUUUUUUUUUAAUUAAUCUGUGCAAUACCUCAUUUAAUCUGUAAAGGUUUUUCAUAAUCCUCUACAAAGCUACUCCCUGUUAACUGUGUGCAAGUUUACACCAGGAUGCUCACUCAAUUUGUGAAUAUUUUCCAUUCCAUCAACAAGGGAGUUGAAAUACUAUGUGUGAGACUGACAAAAACCUUAAUGUAAUUUAGUUAUAAUGCCAGAAGGAAAACACUAUUUUCAUACCCUACUUUUUCUGUAUCUAAAUUUUCUUAUUAAAAAUCUAGUAUAGCACUACAUUCUUUUUGAAGUGAUGCAAACCUUAGUUUAUUUAGCCCCUUUAUUUCGAACACAAUGCUACAUGAAUGUUGAAGCUGAUACAUUGCACAGUUCUCUGGACAACACUACACUGAUGCAGUUCCUUAAAUUUUAGCAACAUGUUCUACAUAAACUCACUUUGGAGAUGCUACUCGGGAAUCAUCAGUAGCACCUUACAGCAGUAUUGCCUGUACUAGACAGCAGUGGUAUUUGGAGGCUGGAAUUAUAAGGAGCCCUUACAUACCUGCACUUGACUGAAUUUUUUUCUUUUUUCCACUUUUUAAAAAGACAGGUUUAUUAGGACAAAGAAGAGGAAGCUUGCACAGAUAUGACACGAGUGGCCAGGGGAAUAAAGCUGCCUUUUUUUUUUUUUUUUUUGAUUGAAAUUAUUUUUAUGCUGUAGUAAAUCUGACAGGCUCUUUAUGGCAAACUGAAAGAAAAAAAUUUUUGAUAUUCUGAAAUCAACUGAAAAAGUUUUCUUAAGUUGUUUGAGUUGGAGGGCCGGGGAUGUAAUUUUCACUCUACAUGAAUUGAAGGAGACUAUACAUUAUGGUUACUUCACCAUUUAGUGAAAAUACUAUAAAAAUCAGAACAUUAUAAAUAUGAUACAAAAUUAAGUAUUUUUUACUUUGCAGUUUGUAUUCUCUGGGGUAUUCCAAAAUACCAACAUACCAACCAUAAGCGGCUAAUCUGGUUGGAGACAGCAUAUAUACUAUAAUAUUGAACUAUUAUGCUAUAAUUUUUAAAUUUUGAUAAUUUUUCAAGGUUUUUGUUAAAUGUCAAGUGAAGGGGGUUACACUUUCUUGAAAAGAUUGGUUCUCCCAAUGUCAAACUUCUUGGAACACAUGACUGAAAGAUAGGCUUAAAAAUAAUAAUAAUAAAACGUUAUAACCUGUACAUUUGUUAUGUAUACUAAGUAAUGUAUUAAAAUUAGGGUUUCCUUGCCUCUCUACAAUUCACUAAUCUGCCUGAAGGUGGUUGUUUCAUAUUUAUAGCCCUAAUUAUCAAACCUACCUACUUUAAAUUUUAGGUAGAAAAAUGAUCUGAUUUAAAUACAGACAUAUUUUUCUCACAUUGAGUCAUAUGCAGAAUGUAGUUCCAAAUGUAUUUCAUUACUGUAGUCACAAUAUCCAACUAAAAAAUUAAGCUCUCUAGAAUUGUUGUACCGACCAAAAUCUAGUAUUGGCAUGAUCUUGACAGGCUGGCCCUGCAAGAUGUGGCUUGAAUUUUAACCAGUUAUCACAUAAUCUCUAGUGAUCAUGCAUCUAGUUAUCAUAAGAAAUAAUUUAAAAGGUUUUGUUGCUGAAAGCAGUAAGUGGUGCAGUAAAAUAGUUAAGUUAUUCAAAUAUGUUACCUUCCUUGCAAGAGUAAUUUAAGCACAUGGGGAAGAUUCUAGACUUUUUGUUUCUUGCAAAACAGUGCCCUCUGCUGCUGGAAACCUUUUUCUGCUUACUGUCAUUUUUGUUGUGGCUUGAGCUCAGUGAGUCUGGUGUGGAUGAGGCUGGACAUAUACUAAUUAAUAAAAUUAGGAUUUGUGCAAGUGGUAAAAAGAACAUAAUUAUUUUAAGCAACAUUAGACAUUUUCCAUUAUUUUUUCUUUUGACGUUAUAAAAAAAGUUUAUCUUAGAAAUGUCUUAAAGGUAUUGCCAAUUUAAGAUAUCUUUUAACUUUUGGCCAAGAAAUUCAGGGUUUUUGAGCUAACUUUGGUGUAACUAUCAGAAGCUGCUCUGAUCAGAUGAUAUCAAUCCUUGGAGUUGGAAACACAAUUUUAAACAUGUAAGAUGUGUAUAAACUCUGCCAAAAGUAAUUGAAUUUGUUUUUUCUUAAAAAAAAAAAACCAUUUUGUUGUUGUUGCUGUACAGUCUAAAUUACUAUCGGUUGAAAUGCAGCUGCUGUGGAGUCAUGAAAACUAAUCCGACUCUGACGUAAAGGUUGCAUGUUUCAGUCUCUACCACCUGCGAGUGGCGGCUCUGUACCUGUACGCUGUCUGGAAGCCUCCCACGUACACUACCGCUAAGUGAUUGGCUAGUAGCCUUGCCUUUAACAAACUAGCAUGAGGCUUUUUAUAUCCAAGUGCUGUGUGAUAGACAAUUCCAGCUAGCCACAUAUUGUAUGUAUGAGAUUCAUAAAGACUUUCAAUCAUUCAUUUCCAUUUAUCAACUGAAAUUUUGUUUAGUAUGUGAAUUAUUAUUUUUUUUUUUUGAAAUGUAUAGUGAAUAGGAUGUUGCACUGGUGGCAAUUCAUCAUGGAGCAUAAUAAAAUUAAUUUGACCCAAA